AUGAGUCUAGUCGAUGAAACAAGUUUUGUUUCUCAAUUUUUAGAAACUUUAAGUACACGUCAAGUAAAAUAUCCUAAAGACUUUUCGCCACCUACACAAACACGCCCAAGACCAAUAACACCUAGUGCCCCUACAAGCUCAAAAAGUAGUAAAUCAACAGGAAAAGGUAAUGAAAUUAUAAAUGAUUCAUCAGCUCAAGACACACCAAUUCAAGUCUCAGUUAAAUCAUUAAAGGGAAACCUAACGCACAACGUACAGAUAAACAAUUCAGAAACUAUCUAUAACUUGAAAGAAAAACUGCAAAAAAUAACCUCCUUUACACCUUCAAAUCAAAGAUUAAUAUUAAAAGGCAAAGCUUUAAUUGAUACUAAAACUUUGUUUGAAUAUGGUAUUACAAAUGAUACUGUAGUUCAUUUGGUUCAUAAACCUGGAUCUACUACUGGCGGUGAAAGUAUUAAUAAAAUUAAAGAUUCACAAUUCUGGAUUUCUUUACAAAAAUUAUUAGUUGAACAAUUUCCAGAAACAAGUGAUGCUGAUAAUACACCUAGUGCCCCUACAAGCUCAAAAAGUAGUAAAUCAACAGGAAAAGGUAAUGAAAUUAUAAAUGAUUCAUCAGCUCAAGACACACCAAUUCAAGUCUCAGUUAAAUCAUUAAAGGGAAACCUAACGCACAACGUACAGAUAAACAAUUCAGAAACUAUCUAUAACUUGAAAGAAAAACUGCAAAAAAUAACCUCCUUUACACCUUCAAAUCAAAGAUUAAUAUUAAAAGGCAAAGCUUUAAUUGAUACUAAAACUUUAUUUGAACAUGGUAUUACGAAUGGUACUGUAGUUCAUUUGGUUCAUAAACCCGGAAUUACUAAUAGUGGAGGAGGAGAUGGUGGUGGAAUAUCAAAAAAUGUUGAUUCACAGCAGCAAAAGCAACGAGAAUUAGCAGUAAAAGAUACCCAACUUUCUAAUUCAGGCAUUGAUAAAAUUAAAGAUUCACAGUUCUGGGUUUCUUUACGAAAAUUACUAGUUGAGCAAUUUCCAGAAACAAAUGAUGCCGAUAAUGUUUUAAAAGAUUUUUUUAAUUGUUAUAAUAAUAAGGAUUUAAACAUUAAUGUUAAUUUAGAAGAUUUAAUUAACAAAAAUUCUUAA